UUGAUGGUUUUUGUGGGCAGAUCAGUGAACAGGAGGUGAUGAGAGUGUACUGGCUGACUUGCAUGCCGUGGUUUUAGAACAGACAUUCGGGUAAAUGCAGAUUAUUUAAGAAAGAUUUUUUAAAGAAACACUUUAGGAGAAUUUACAUUUUUACCCAUUUGUAAAUGAUUUUUUUUUUUUCAAAUCAAGCAUGCACUCUUAAUUCAAAUAAAUUAGUUGCUGCAUUAUUCAACUGCUUUGGGAGGGCUCAAUAUCCUCUGUAUACUCUAUAACUCACAACUUACACCUUGUUUUAAAAAAUAAUUAACUCAGUUUAACAUUCAGUUUUCUUAUUUGAAUAAAUAUGUAUUUUAAUUCAAAUUAAUACAUUCCUCAUUUUGAUCAUUUGAGAAGUGUUUGUCUCUUAUUUAUUUUAUUUCAUCACAUUGGAACUGUGGGGCUCUGGAAUUUCUAUUUUGGCAACAUAAAUAAAAUAAUCUGAUUUGAGCAGCUAAAGAGAGACAUCUUGUGGUCUUUUCACAGUGCUUCAUGCUUUUGUUAACUUCCUUCCUUUGUGGAUAAGGAAAGAGGAGAGAGGUUCAAUUACCGGGAGUGAACUCCAGUAAACAUUUGCUAACGGUUGUUGGUAAAAUGCUGCAGGGCACGUGCUCACUAUCUUCAAUAAAGUAGAAUUUUUAUAAUAAUAAUAAUAUUUUUUGCUAUUUGACUCAUGUGUAAAAAGUUCAGAGGACGGAAGGAAAGUGCAGUUCAGAGGCGGAAGGAUCCGGUCGCGCUUGUGCUCUCUUGUGCACACACGAACACACGCUUCCUAUGGGUGGCGGAGUGAUACAGGGUAAUGCAACGCGAUGGUUUGCAGUAAAGAAAGUAGAUCCACCCGCGUCCGGGGGAAAUAAUGGCGACUCCGUUUUGCGAUGAACCCGAAAACCAACUGGAUUUACUCCUCAGAGCCGUGGAGGUGUCGGUUCAGGACAAAACUUUUGAGGCUGCUGAAGCGCUGCUGCACAUGGACUCUCCAUCAAGCCUGCAUGGAGACCACAGUCCAGAGGAGUUCCUGUCUGAAAUGGAGGUGGAGGUGAGCACUGAGGAGAUGGCACCAAUGUCAGACUCCAUCACUGUGCUAGAGCAAAAACAAGACCUGCAGAAGAGAAAAAGAGCAGGGAGGAAACCCAAAAUGCCACGAACAAACUGUGAUGGCUCUUUGGAUCUCAUAUAUAAGAGGAAGUCGAAAGAGAGCAGGGGCACCACAACAUAUCUGUGGGAGUUUUUGCUGGACCUCCUGCAGGAUAAAGAAACAUGCCCCAAGUACAUCAAAUGGACAGAGAAAGAAAAGGGCAUCUUCAAGCUAGUGGACUCCAAAGCUGUGUCCAAACUGUGGGGGAAACAUAAAAACAAACCUGAUAUGAACUAUGAAACAAUGGGACGAGCACUCAGAUAUUACUACCAGCGAGGCAUUCUAUCUAAGGUGGAAGGCCAGAGGCUGGUGUACCAGUUUAGGGAGAUGCCUAAAGACAUAGUUUUUAUAGAUGAUGAUGAUAUUGAUGAUGGUGUCGAUAAGGGGAAGAGACAAAGCCCAACAGGAGCUGAUUGCUUGACUCCAAAAAAGAGGAAAGGAAGAGUCUCUCCUGUGUUACCCACUACACCAAUCAUCAGCCUCUCCUCAGGACCUGAAGGCCUUGUGUCUCUUCAGCAGUCACCUGCCACCACAACAACCAUCCCCAGAACGGUGCGGCUGGCCAUGCAGGUCCCGGUCCUGAUGACGACGGGCCAGGGUCAAAAGGUCUCCACAGUCACAAUCAAUUCACCCACUGGUGCCUCUCCUAUACUGACAACGGCCAGCACAAUCGCCGGGGGCAACAGCACAGGAAAAGUGGUGUUACAGGCGGUGCCAACGCUGGUGCCUGCCCAGGGACAAAACGGAGAGCGGAUCACGCUCCAGUUUAUCACGCUCCCCGCGGCUCCGGCGAAAGGGGCCGGCCACAUCACCCUCCGCACGCUCGCCCCAGUCACAGGACCUGCUGCCAGCGCCCAAGUUCUGCAGCUGGCGGUCCCAGCCACUAUGAACGCUGGCAUGAGUUUGCCAGUGACUGUUGCUGCCCCAUCCAUGGUCCCCGCCCCACUCACUGUUCCCGCCACAUCUACAACCACUGUAGUGGAGACGGUCUCUGUGCCAGACACAAAGCCGGCUCUGUCCCUGCAGGACGUGAAGAUCAUAAAGCUGGAGCCUAUGGACACCAGUGUGAUUCAGAGGUUUGGAACAGCAGCAUCAUCAUCAGAGAACUCAAACAUAAAUCAGAACAGUACACAGAGCUGAGGAGCAUUCCACAGAACACCAGUCACGCAGCAUCAGCAGUGACUUCUUCAUAUACCAUAGAUAUGAACCACAGCAGAUGAAACUGGAGAUUGCUUUUUUGUGAUGGGCAGUAUGUGGUCAUCAGGUUGGACUGAAGUACUUCAGAGGAAACCAGCACUAUAUUGCCUAAUCGCCACCCACAUCACCCCCAAGUUAUCCUUCAUUCUCCCAGUUCACAUUUAACACUAUGUUUGACUGACUGCUGAUCAGUCUCCUACAGCCUCUGUGCAUUGCCGAAGCCACAACCGGAGAGAUGCUGUACACUUUUUUCAUUAAUACCCAUUUUUUCUUCCUCUCCGUUCUCCAGACAUUAAGACCGGUUCCUAACUGCGGCAGACCGCCAGAGCUGUGAGGAAAAAAAUAAUGUAAAAAAAGUAAUGUGCUCUCUUCAUCAGGAGUGGACCGGACUCACGUGUAUAUAAGUGACCGAAUACUCGUAGCGAACCAAAAAAAAAAAGCAGCCUUGAAUCUAAGAUGUUUUGUUUCCCUUUAUGUCAGAAUAGUUUGAAGCUGAUUGUACUCUUCUUAUAUUCUGUGUAAAUAUGAAAAGAAAAAAAAAACUCUUUUUGAUAUUUUGUACCAGGCAGUGUUUUUUACAGUUUGAAAAGCAGCUGCGUUCCCAGAAGGCUCUUAAAACGUCUUAGAAUUUAAUCAUUUCACUGUCUGAGUUUUGACACCUUUCCUUUUUUUGAUGCAUUUAUCUUAACAGCACCUGUUAUCUGCUAUAUGUGUGUCCACCACUCUUUCCUAGUUUUUGUCUUUAUUAUUUUACACUUGUGUACAAAAAGGGAGAGAAAGUUGUGCGUCUUGUAUGUUUGGACUGAACUAUAUUGCAUAUUCAAUAUUUGAAGCAUUUAUUUUGUUGUACUCUUAUCCAGAACUUGUAUCCAAGUAGAUUUAAAUAUAGAAAACAUAAUUAUGCAAAAAAAUCUGAGAUUUAUUUUUGAGCUUUUUUUCUCUCACUUCAGAACCUUUGCUGUAUAAGCUGAUGGUGCUCUUUAUGAAUUCCAGGGGGUCUUGUAGGCCUGGAGACUUUAAAUAUGCAAUCAGAAUUAUAGUUUAAGGUUCUUCACCAUGGUGGAGAAGAGGGCAGCCCCAUAUUAUAUGGUUUUAUGUAGCACCAAAAAAUUUGCUGGUGUUAUGAGUCAAAAAACAUUUUUAAUGCUGUACAGACCCUUUUUCAUAGAGGUCAAAGUUCACUCACACAUACUCAUUUAAAAUGUCUUCUACAUUUCUGGGUAUUGGCCGUAAGUUUGUCAAUGUAUUGUGCAAGAAAUUAAUCAGCAAGAAUCUGUUUCAAAUAUCUAGACAUGCCAAUGCUUAACAAAAGAAGUUAUCAACCAAUUUAAUAUAACUGAUAUCAUUGAUGACCAAGGAGAACCACUUUUGUUUUGUUUUUUAAAAAGUGAAUGUCAGUGUCAAUUUGGCCAUUUUAAUUUGCAAAGCUCUUUUCUAAAAGCAUUUCUUUGUGAAACCAAAUAUUUAUUUUUUGUGGCAUCUCCUAACAAACCCUUUAUAGCACAUUCGUUUUUUGCAGUGUAAUAGUUUGUGUGAUAGUCUAUUUUUAGAUGUUCAUCUGAAGUGAACAGGCAGAUAGGCCAUAAGUCAUGGGAUAGCUGCAUAUAAAUUUAUCAUGAAUGUUUUACUUCAAGGGACAGCUUGGGAAUGCCCAUGCCUGUAUAAGAAAUGAGAUCUGAAGGUGGGUGUCAGAUGGAUUGGACAUUUCAUGUCUAAAGUUUUAAGUGCAGGCAUGUUACACUCGGUUAAACCCUGUUACACUCCUGAUUAUACUAAUGAAAGUCUAUCAGAAAGCAUGUCCUAGGAGUUUUUAUUUCCACUGUGUGCUCAGAGCUCAUAGUGAACAAGUCCAGAAUAGAUUAAAGGAUCAGCGGCUUUCCUUCCGGAACAGAGUAAAGACAGCCUCACUCUGACAGGGAGGAGAUGUGCAGAGAAUGGGAUAUAUGUAAGAGAAGAGGUCAUAGCUGAGGGGAAAAUAUUACUCAUUGAAAAGAAGCAUUCUGUUAAUAUUGACUCCAGUUAUUAGGAUAUUGAAGCACCUGCAUUGGUGAUUUGCCUUAUAUUAAUGUGUUCCAUUUUCAUUUUAUUAAAGAAUUCAACAGUUUUGAUAAGGGUAAAUAAUUAUUCAUUUUUAAUGAUAAAUAAAACAUAGCUUUGACUUCAAAGUAA